AUGUCGUACUAUAACAGGUAUAGGAACCGGAAGAGGCAGGACGCGAAGGGUGAUGGUGCAGGGGGUGCAGGGGGUGCAGGUGCGCCUGGCGGCGCACCAGGCGGAAUGCCCGGGCUGCAGACACCGGAUGCGAUCUUUGAUCUCGGGAAGAACAAGCGGGUGACCGUGCGGCAGUUCAGGAACAUCAACUUGAUCGACAUCAGGGAGUACUACUUGGACCAGUCGAGCGGGGAGAUGCGGCCAGGGAAGAAAGGUAUCUCCUUGACGGAGGACCUGUACGACGAGUUGUUGAGACACCGUUUGAACAUCGACGAGGCGUUGCGGCGGUUUGGGUCCAGGAGACCGCGUACGAAGACCGUGCGGUUGCUGUCCGAUGACGAGGACGACGACGCUGGGGAGAAGCCCGAGGGGAAGGGCAAGCAGGCCGCAGGGGGUGCGGGGGCGCAAGGUGCGGGGGCGCAGGCUUCGAAAGACGCAAAGGGCAAGAAGAGUGCUGAAAAGGCCGGGUCUAGUGGUACGGCCACUGCCACUACCACUGGGGCAACGGCCAAGCGCGAACGCCACUACGACGAGGAUAACGACGAGAACAACCAGAAGAAGAAGAAACCGGCCCCGCCGACUCUUCUGCCACACGAGGAGAAUAUAGAGAAUGCGAAACGGGAGGCCAACGCAACGCUUAUCAUCCCGGGGAUGAAGAGGGAUGCAGAGGCGGGGAAGCCGGAGAAGCAAGGUGCAGAGAAGCCGGAGAAGCAAGAGACAGCUCCUGCCGCUGCUGCGGCAGCUGCUCCAGCCCCCGUCACGGCCCCAGGUGACGACAAUUCCAGCGACGAAGAAUUCGCAGAGAGUCUGCAGGCGGAAAUGGACAAGAUAAACGACGAGAGCAGCGAGGAGGAGUAA